AUGAAAUAAAUUAUCAUUUUAGCUUUAUUACUAAUCUUGGUUCUUGGAGAUUAACAUGACUUAAAACACAAACCAUGUAAGCAUAUGAUAGGACAUAGUAAAUAACUUAAUCUACUCUAGUAAUUAAAUGGAUUUUGAUUUCUCUUAUUGCAAUCGGGGCUUUUUUGGUAAUUAGAAAAAUAGGAAGAAAAAGACGACAUAUCAAAAAAAUUAAAAAGUAGUAGAAAUAGAAUUAACUGUCAGAAACAGUAGUUUAUGGUGAACCAGUCAAUGAUAACAUUCCAUAACCAUAAUUUUAUGCCUUACCAAUAGAUAAUAUAAACAAUUCAAAAAUUGGUUAAAUUAAUAAAAAUACUAGUAAUAAGCUUUGUUACAAUAAUAAUAAUAAUAAUAAUAAUAAUAAUAAUAAUAAUAAUAAUAAUAAUAAUAAUAAUAAUAAUAAUAAUCGUCUACCUAAAACAAUCAUUUUCUUUAACAACCUGUUGCUGGAUAUCCAAUUAAUCAGUAUUACACUCAAUAAGUACCUUAUCCAUAGAUAACUAAUAAAAGUCAUGUAGAGAUUCAACUACCCGAUAUCAGGGUUCCAUAAUGA